AUGCGUCUCCUUCAUUCACAGACUUUGCAGUUCAAGGUGUUCAAUGGAGAACGGCUCCCAUCAUUUCUUAUCCUCUCGCAUACCUGGGGAGAUGAGGAGGUUAAUUACCAGGAUAUGGUCUUCGUGCAGCAAGAAGACAUCAUAGGGUCCGCAGGGUUCAGGAAGAUCCAGAAGACGGCUGAGGUUGCGAGAGAGCACCAUUACGAAUACUUCUGGGUGGACACCUGCUGCAUCGACAAGACUAACAGUGCUGAGCUACAAGAGGCUAUCAACUCAAUGUUCCUCUGGUACCAGAAGUCAGCGGUAUGCGUCGUCUAUCUUGAGGAUGUGGCAGCGGGCUUGAAUUGGAUGGACAACGAUUUAGGAGAGCUCCUCCCAAAGUCUAGAUGGACAACUAGGGGCUGGACGCUGCAGGAGCUCAUUGCACCCCGUAAUGUGCAUUUCUACGAUCAGUCCUGGGUAUACAUUACCCAGAAACACGCCGCGCCGUUCGAUGUGCACCGGGCAACAAAAAUACCGGAGUACGUCUUGUUGACCGGUGAUCUGUCGCGGGCAUCAGUCGCUCAAAAGAUGUCCUGGGCUGCAUAUCGUUCUACCGUAAGAAUCGAGGACAGGGCAUAUAGUCUCAUGGGGCUGUUUGGAGUCCAUGUACCGAUGUUAUAUGGCGAAGGCGAAAAUGCAUUCAUACGUCUACAGGAAGAAAUUUUGAGAACAACCGCGGAUGACUCAAUAUUCGCCUGGCAUGCCGAGGAGCGAGCAUAUGUACUGCUUUCACUUCCGCCGUAG